CUGCUUGUAAUGACGAGAUUUGCUCUUGCUUUCAGAUUUCUCUAGGGAGGGAUAAAAUGAGUAAGAGGAAGAAGCUUCGGACCUCAGGAGGGGAAGGAAUCCGUCCUCCAAAACUUCCAAAGAACCCAAGGUUAGGAGACUCUGACGGGGACCCCCAGAGUUCCAAGUUGGGCCAUUGGCAUCACCCUGAAGAGAUAGAAAACAGAUCAGGACCUGCACCCUCUGCAGAGCAGAGCCCGGAGGCACCAGGGCAGGCAGCUUCCAGCUCUCCUUAUGAGGAAGUAGGAGCUCCCUCCAGGCUCCUCGGGCAGCCAGAAAAAGAGCCAGUUCGUCUUCCUCCUUCCCAGAAGUCAGUCGGGAGGUUUGUCCCCCAGUUUACAAAACCCAGGAAGACAGUGACAGGACGAGCAGAGAGGAGGGAAGAGGACCCCAGGAGUGGGGCCUUCAGCUUGGGAACGCUGCCAGAACCCAGUGCCCAGCAGGCCAGAAGCCAGCCUCGAGAGGAGUCCCCAGGGCUUGCCCUCCAGGAGACCAGGGACCCAGGAGACCAGACCCAGGCAGACAGCGCCUGCCCCGAGCCCAGCGGCCAAAACCCUGUGACGCCUGUGCCUGGCGAUGGGGAUCCUCAGCCCUUGGCCUCCAGCAUUGUCUCUCUGGAGUGGGGGACAGUGCCCUCGGCCUCAGAGAGGGCCAGCCAGGACCACCUGUCAAAGCGUGGGACCAACGUGCCAGAUGGUGGAAGCACGGAGGAGGGUUGGCUUCUAGGUGAUCAUGGCCAGAAAGGGCACCUGCCAGGCAGUGAUGCUGAAGAGGAGCCAGACCAAGGAGCCCCUCAGGAGGGAGGUGCCCGAGGGGAAGCAGGAGCUGAGCUGCCUGAGGAGUGCCAGGAGGAAGAAGAUGGCAUCCUGGGCCCAGAGCCCAGAUCUGCAGCCCAGGGCCCAUCUGGGCCUCUGCAGACGCCCAGCUGGACUGGCGAGGGAGCAGAGGGGAGCUAUAGCAGCCCAAGGUGCUCCCGCCUUGGGGCUGUUGUCAUCACAGGUGUGAGCACAGACGCCACGGAGCCAGAACAGAGGGCUCUGGGGGUGGCUGGGCCAGACGGGACAGUCAACGCCAGGGUGACUGCCUCUCCCAGUGGGAAGGCUCCUGAUGGAGGCCACAGCAGGGCCCUGCUCGGGUGCAUGCCUCUCAAUGGGGAGACCACAGGAGGCAGAGAGGAGGCAAGGCGGGAAGACAAGCCCCCUGAUGAUGUCCCGGGGGGCCUUGCAGCCUCCCUGGCUCCGGCUCACAAGAUCCAAGAGCCCACAAUAGGUGCUGGGGAUUCCAGCCCUUUAGCCUUGCAAAUGGGUCCAGGUGUGGGUCAGACACAGGUACCAGGCCCGGAUCAAGAAGGGCUGGGAGGUAUGUGCUUGUCGCCUUUGCUAUCACAACCUGUGGCUAAAAAGGCAGCUGAGUUAGGGAGCCAGAGCCACAAACAAGACCUCAAGGGGCGCGGUUUGUCCCUCGGAGCCUGUGCUCCACCAGCGUACAGAGAAGCAGUGGACGGCCCUCCCCAGGAUGCUGGGGCACGUCAGGGCAGCCCAGAUGCCCACACAAGCCCGGCAGGCCAGCCUGAGCACCCUGCUGACUCUUCAGAGCAGGCUGUCUGGGAGGGGUCCUCAGCCAUGGAACUCUACUUCCUGCCGGACAGCCAGACACAGGAUGCCCUGGAAGCCCCUGGUUUUGAAGCCCCACCUGAACAGUUGUCUCCUGCAGGGAGCGGGCUGGACCCUUGCUGGCCUGGCACCAGCCCACGUGCCGAUGGAGGCUCCCUUGCUGAGGCCCAGCCAAGGACCCAAAUGGGGAUCAAGACCUGCGAAGCCGCCAGGAUGGAGGAUGCAACAGACACCGUGCGAGGCCUCGUCAUCGAGCUCUCUAACCUGAACCGGCUGAUCAUGAGCGCCCACCGGGACCUGGAGGCCUUCAAGCGCCUCAACUACUACCAGAAAGCAAAGCCAGCAGGGAAGGCCCCUGCAGCCUACACACCAAAGGGGGCUGGGAAUCUCCCUCGAGGGGAGCAGUCCUGGAGGGACUCGUAGGUGUGUGUGCUCGUACAAGCUCACCGGCCCCCAGAAGUGCCUGAUGUUCCUGCCAGACAGCUGGAAACAAUCCCUCAGCAGACUCCGGAAAGCCUGCUGGCCCCUGUGUGCCCCCUGUUAUUUUGUUACCAUCCAGAGAUGCUCCAGCAAGUCCUGGUGGGCCCCAGAAACCUCCCCUCAGCUGACCUGGAAGUCAACUUCCUAUGGGAAACAGAAAAGGCCCUGCCAUCCUCAGCAGCCUCCCUCAGGGGGUCGUGUGGGGGAGGGAACCUGCUCCUCCCGGUGGCAGAGGCCUGGAAGCUGGAGGCAG